UGUGACUUUAACCUUCUACCAUGUCUUAUAAGUCCUGAUAGACUGCACCUCUUUAUCUUAGAAUACUUAUUGUUGAUGCAAAUCUCUCAUUUUCUGAAGUUUCAUCACUUCUCAAACACUGUACUCUUAUUCAUUUAUGAUGAACUCUACAUCAGAAGAGGUAAAAGUAGAGCUUCCGGGGUUCGUCCGAGUCUAUAAAGAUGGCUCAGUUGAGAGGCUUUUUGGUUCACCACUAGGACCUCCCACUCUUGAAGACCCAAAAACCGGUGUCUCUUCAAAAGACGUCACAAUCUCCAGUGACAAAAAUCUUUCAGCUAGGCUUUAUCUGCCCAAACUCGCCUCAAACAACCACCCCAUCUUAGUUUACUUUCACGGUGGUGGCUUUUGUGUUGAAUCUGCUUUCUCUCUUCCCCACCAGCGUUACAUGAACAUCCUUGCCUCACAAGGCGGAGUGGUGAUUGUUUCAGUUGAGUAUAGGCUUGCACCCGAGCACCCUCUUCCCACUGCCUAUGAAGACUGUUGGACUUCCCUUAACUGGGUUGCGUCGCUUCAAGACCCGUGGUUGGCAAGCCAUGGAAGUCUUGAUGCACUCUUUAUUGGGGGUGACAGUUCUGGAGCCAACAUAGCCCACAACCUAGCCAUGAGGGCAGGUACUGAGAGUUUAGACAAUGGGGUUAAGAUCCUAGGAGCAUUUAUAUCGCAUUCACACUUAAUGGAUGACCCAAGUUCGUCAAAUUUGGAUGUUCAGAUGGGUUAUAAAGUAUGGAACUUUGUGUAUCCUGAUGCGCCUGGUGGUUCAAAUAGCCAUAUGAUUAAUCCAAUGGCUGAUGGUGCUCCGAGCUUGGCGCAGCUUGGGUGCUCUAGGGUGCUUGUGAUAGUUGCUGAAAAGGAAGGGCAGAGGGAUACUGAGAUUAGAUACUAUAACGCUGUCAGAAACAGUGGAUUUCAAGGGAGUGUGGAGUUGUUUGAGACCAAAGGAGAAGGCCAUUGCUUUCAUAUUUUUAGCCCGGAUUCGGAGAAUGCAAAGCUGCUGUUCCAACGCCUUACUUCUUUCCUUCAUAAGUGAUCAUUGUAGUUGAUGUGGAUUUGAGUAGCUUUAGUCAAGACUCGAUGUCGAUAUCAUGGUUUGAGUUCAAAGAGUUGUACUAUGGGAUAGGUGUGUUCACAUGCUAUAUUGAUUAUGCUAUAGUUUUUUUACUUCUUUGAUGCUUGUAUUGUCAAUAUCGUGAUUUUGAUGUGAGGGUUUUAUCGUAAUGCUUGGCAGGCGAGAAAGCUACUAGAAUAAGACAUGAAUUUUAAUGUUUCACUAUGAAUCUUACAUGAUUUUUACUUUACGGAUUGGAUUUUAUGAGGAGAGAGGGUUGGAUUUAGGUGUUUGUUUUCCUAGGUGAUUUAGGGGUGUUUGACAAUUGGCUUUUUGCCUAUCUUUUGGCUUUUGGCUUUUGUCUAUUUGAUUUGGUCAAACAGUCAAAAAAUAUGUUUAA